AGUCGGGAAUUGAACAGCCCUCGUAUUUGGCGAACAGUUUGAAACAUGGACAGGUGUCCGGUCACAGUUGUGCUUGUUGCAGGACAAAUAGCGACGUACCAGGAGUGGCGCUACGGGGAGCCGGGCCACGGCAGCGAAGACGACACGUGCGUCGUGAUGACGGACGACGGCCGGCUGGACGGGCUCAAGUGCGAGGUGCCGGCGCCGUUUCUCUGCGAGCGGCCGCAGGCCGGCCCCCUCCCCGCCGGCUACCGAUACGUGGACGGCGCCUCGGCUUUCCUCAAGCUGUACACGCAGGACAAGGUGGCCUACAGUUCGGCGCAGAAGGUGUGCGAGGCGGACGGCGGCGCGCUGGCGGUGCCGGACACGUGGCGGCGGGCGGAGGCCAUGAUCAGACUCAUACCCGCAGCGGCGAGACACGUGUACGUCGGGCUCACCGAUCUGCAGUCGGAAGGCAGCUUCAUCACCAACGACAACAGCAGGUACCUGUCGGACAUGGAAUUCGACGCGUGGGAGGCGGGCCAGCCGGACAAUGGCGAUGGCUACGGCUAUGAGGACUGCCUGGCGCUGCACCCCAACGGCACGCUCUUCGACGUCGCGUGCCACCUGCCGCUCGCCUUCCUCUGCGAGCUGCCGCCGCCCUGA